AUGGCUCUUUCCGCACCUAGCACAGAUCCUAAAGUCCUGAUCGCUCAAGAAACAAGCGCAGAGCAAAUCUUCCCCACCUUCACAGCAGACACUGCUUGGCAGCUAGGAAAUGCACUGAGGGAGCGAAUCCUCCGCCUCCCCAGCGGACAACGCCAACCGGCCCUGAUCUCCAUUGCUCUCAGCGGCGGAGCCCCACUCCACGUGGUGUUCCAGGCUGUGACGGAGAGUGGCACGAUCCCAGACAACGAGAACUGGGUGCGCCGGAAGCGCAACACCGUGCUCCGCUUUGGUAUCUCAAGCUGGGCUAUGAGACAGAAGACCGUUAGUGGCCUCCCGGCUGAUGCCGACGCGGACCAGGUCGAGGCUGCUUUUGUUAAGAAGUACUCUGUUCCGAGUGCCAAUGGCGGUGCUGUUGCGGAUGAGUAUGCUAUUCAUGGUGGUGCCUACCCGAUCCGCGUGCGUGGUGUGGAUGGGGUUAUUGGUGUUGUUGUUGUUAGUGGGUUAAAGCAAGAGGAUGAUCAUCAGGUUGUUGCCGAGACUAUUCAAGCGUUUAUCGCUCAGCAAGCACAAUAG